CUUUGUAUUACAAACCCCCACUGUGUCGAACAGGCCGCACAAAAAAGCCGCAUUGAAAAAACCUUCCGCCUUGCCUUGAACAACACCGAACUUACACGCUUUGAAUGCUCUGACAUCGUCCAGCCAAACCGUAGCGUCGCCGGCAGGGCAUCGGCACUGACCUAGCAAUGUUGGGCAACAACAACAAUAACAAUAAUAUCCGGAAGAGAUAUGACCACGCCGUCACUCUCGUGGGCUUCCCAAUUUUCCAAGCAGAGGACCCGCUCUAUAAGCUUUUCCGCUAUAAACUGAAGGAACGGUAUCCUCUCGCUGCCCAAAUAUAUCAAAAUCGUGGAGGCGUAUUGGCUUCCAUUUAUUAUUACGACCUGCAGGACCUCGAGAAAGACCAGAAGUCUAACCCGCGAAUCUGGAGUUUCACUCAUGGCGGCCGAACUCAUUCGAUCAAGGAUGUGACAAACUCCCGUAGGAUUGGCAGGAUCACCAUCACUACGACUGCAUCCACUAAAGCGAUCUUGAAUGCUCUCGACGUCCCGCAACCUCCUUUGGCGUGGAUCGAUGCCCGCCACCGUGAUGGGAAAUUCAUUUAUUUGCAAGAAGGCGCCGAGAGUUACCUCAAGGGAUUCGGCGGAAAGGAGAGCGCCCAAAUCGAUGGCGUGGAUUGUCCGAUUAGAGUUGAGGUUUACAAUAAUGCUGAAGGUGGAGCCGCUGCAGGUGAUAAGGAGAAGCAGAAGGAAGCGAAGAAGACCGAAGGGGCGAAGAAAGACGAAUCCGGGGAUAAGUCUACUAAAAGCGGAGAGACCGAACAGUCGGGGAAGACUGUGGAAGCCCCGCCACCGAGCACUAAGAUAGAUCGGCCUUGGAAUGUAGUCGGCCUUCCAGCAGAAGCGAAUAAGCAGCCCGCGAACUCUGCGUCCGCGAAAACUACCUCUGGCCCCAGCGAAGCCUCCGCUCGCUCGGCGUGGGAUUUAAUCACCCCAUCCCGUGCGGUCAACGACGUUACCAGCGAGGCUGCAUCUUUGGACAACCCUGAACGAACGCUUUCCACGCGAUCUUCUGAGAGUUUCGGCAGAUCCAUCUGGAGUGUUCCUGACAACUUCCCGGGUCGAGCUGACACGAUCAGCAGGAGCUCGCCGGAUUUCCAUUCUCCUCACGCGAAGGACGACGUGGGUCCCAUUAUUAUGCCGGUAACCGCCGAGCCUUUCGACGAGGAGGAUGGGCUGGAUGAGUCCACCCCUCUUCCGAUCGAAGUAGAUGAGGAGAACGAAAGCAGAAACAAGCCGCAGCAAAUCUUUAAGCAAUACAGUAGCGUACCAACGACGCCAAUGACCAUGGGCAUUCAGCCUCCAUCGCAAUUGAACCACAAUUUGCAACAACAAUUGAAAACUGCGCACUUGCUCCUAGCAGACUUGAACAAUCAUCGGUCCUCGUCGGAAGACGAAAUGCAGCGUCUUCGUGACGCUGUGGCUGAAAAGUGUCGCGAUCUGGACACGCUCCUGAACGAGCUUAACGACACCCGACGUGAACUCGCAUCCACAAAGCAGAGGAUGACCGAUGUGGAGCAGCAGCUGCUCAAGAAAGAUGGAUACGAGCUUGCUUUGAAAGAAAGGAUACAGGAGAGGGACGCGAGCGCGAGAGUAAUUGAGGAGAUUGGUAGGGAGGUCGAAGGGCAGAGAUCGAUGCUUGCCCAGGCUUUAGCGGGCAGAACAAUAAUAGAUACACUUUGCUUAAGCCUCAUGAACGGAGGCCACACCUUCGCGCCGGAAGUCGCCAGGCCCGGCCCCGCAAUCCCCAACUUUAGCGACAUCCUCCAAAACUGCAUGUGCGACACCUGCAGAGCGACGUUUCAAAUGAUGCACAGGUCCAAAUUUCCUGGCCCGAACCCGAAACUCACCGUCGCGCAGCUCCGUUCGAGUUUGGCGGCCGCGUACGAACGAUUCGACAGGAUGGCCCGAUUUCCUCCGGGCGGAUGGAAUCGACGAAAGAGCGAAUCCGGAAUCAAUGGUGUGCGGACUGAUGAACCCAUGUUUGCCAAUCUGGGCGAUGUUGCCAUGGAGGUGGCUCUGAAUGCUUUGGCGGAGCUGGCGCCUGGCAUUCUCGGAUGGGCUUGAUCGAGCUCGCUGGAGAAUGUGGAUCGGAAUCAGCGAACUCCUUUCUGGGAUUUCCUGGUAGUUUAAAAGCAGUGUAGCGAACGCAGAAUGAAAUAACGUCGAAACGGCGUAAUAUGUAGAUCAUGUGGAAAAGGUCGAGCAAACCUAUAGUUUCUGAUAACAAAAAACGACUAUCAAUUCAAUGCACUUGAGAAAUUCUGCGAAAUUAUCGUCGGGGAUGCCCCAUCUCUUGUUGCCGUGCUGGCAGUGGUGUCGGUGCGCGACACCAAUGCACCCACAUGGUGCAUUCAAUGCUUG